CUCCCAAAAUUUUAUGUUUAUUUUUAUUCAAACAUUGAACUUAUUCGAUUGCACUUUACAAUGAGGCCUGAGUUUGAACCGAGUGAGCUUGGAGUUCGAGCGGGAGUGCAACUUGAAAACAGCACGAUUCAUUUUUCAAUUUUAAUUCCGGACUCGAGCUCAAGCUUUAUUUCGAAUUUCAAUUUUCCCAAAUUUUACUCCCGACAUUCUUUCAUCAAAACGAAUUUCUUUUUGUCCAACCAAAACAUCCAGUCUCAUACAGCAAAAUAAUUUUGAGCAACGACACAAUGAUGAUGUGUCCUGAUGUGUUCGCGCACGAGAAAUUAGCGUGAUUCAUAGUUAACGAAGCACAAUCAUCAGCCAUCCAACGAAAGCAAAUAUUUCCUCGUCCAAAUAAUGAAAUUUAGUUGAUUGAACGAAUGUUUUUCAUUAGAUCCGAGUCAGUCCAUGACUCAACGCCGCGGUUAAAUUUUUUUAACUCAAUCGUCUUACUGUUGCAGCUAAUUGUUCAUUAAGCGAAAAAACUUUUUUUAUUAAUAAUUUCUGAAGGGAUGAAUUCAAAGAAAUCAGUUCGUAAAAAAUCAGUUGAGCAACAAAGUGAAACUUGGUGCAGUAAAAUCGGUUAAAAAAUACAGAUUCUUUGAAAAAUACCUCUGAAAGUGUGUCAUCAUGGAAAUUUGCAUUUGUCAAUAAAUGCUUUUGAAAAACUAUCGUUUUUAGUAUUUUUCACGUUAAUAAAAAUAUAUGCUUUAAUGCAUAUAACUACUAACAAUACGUUUAAUCGGUACGUUAAACUCGGUCUAAAAGCGCUUUGAAAACUUAGCACUCGUUUGACUAGCAUGCAGUACAGUAGUCACCAUAAGUUCAAGGUUGAAUUUGACCACGAGUUCACGAUCGGGAAUCCAGAGCCUGAUCAUCGAGGGCAAGUGAAAGAAAAAAAAUAAUAAAAAGAAAAAUCGUCAUACGGAAUGCGAAAGUGUUGAGGACGAAUCAAAGUCUUUUAAGGUGCAGUCACAUUAUUAUGUACUGUAUGGUACGAUAACGGGGCCUCCCGUAUAAAAAGUACCAUCGAUAUGGACUCCUCCGCGUGAUUCUUCGAUCCAGUGGCACACUUUGUAACAAGCGACAAUUACCCACUCUUUGUCACAGUGUUUGCCACUGUUCGAAUCCCGGCAAAAGCGUUAUGUGCCAAAUUACGAUUUCUCGAAGGUGUCAACAAUCUCGAUCGUUCGGGGACAAGAAAAUUUUCGGAUUCGGAACGAUUGAUUGCAAAUGAGAAACGUGGGUUGCAUGUGGAUUUUUCAUUCCCGGCAAAUAUCGAAGCAAUGCUCGCACAGCUUUGAAUACCUCGCGCACCUCGAAAAUCGAUUCGAAUAAUAUUAGCUUUGUUUGGCGUCUCUAGGCUACCGAAUCCCGAGUCUAUAAUCUCGACGCUACACUACAAAAUACGCCCCAUUACAAAAAAAUGUGCAGUCUCGCAUAUGAUGGAUGAAAUUCACAACUGAAAACGCAGAAAACGGAAGUGCCAUCGAGUGCCAGAAUUUUCUUCGCCGUGCUCGAUCCCUCUGUGUGCCUUUUUCUGGGUGGUUUACGAUCGAAACUUCACCGAAAAAAUGACUCCGACUAACGUCGAAACGAGAUGGAUCAAAUUUGGAAAUGUCAAGCAUUUCAUCGUUCUCAACAACGAUGUUAUCGUCAUGGCUUCUGGCAUCUACGUCAUGUUCAUUAAUUUGAGGACAAGAGAGGAGAGAAUUGAAAAGUUUGAUAGUCCAGAAAGAGGCAAAGGGGCUUCAUGUUUAGCUGCUCAUCCAGUGGUUCCAAUGUUUUCUAGCACCGAGAGACGCUCGUCCCCAAAAAUUUCGAUUUUCACGUACCCCGGAAUACGAAAAGUGUCGAAUUGUGUUCUCGAACGCGGAUUCAACGGCUAUUUGUCGUGCGCUUUUGCAGGAUGCGAAUAUCUAGUGAGCCUUACGAGUUUUCCAGACUUUCGGAUAAUCGUUUGGUCAUGGAGAACCGGAGAAAUGUUGACUUCCAUCGACACCACCAUUUCCGAUGAUUCUCAGCGAAUAACAAGCUCUCCGUGUUCGCCGUACCAAGUUUCGCAGCUGGUAAACAGAAUAGUAUCCACAUCGUGGUCGUCCGACGGUAAUUUAUUCGAGUGCGAUGCAAAUGGAAACGUUGUCUUGAAUUCGAAUGAUGGCAAGAGACGUCAUCUCAUCGUUCAAGGAGACGAGAAUCACGCGUUAGACUCGAAAAACGAUCCUUUGAUCGAAACCUUUAGAUCGGGGAUCGUUCUCGUCAAUCGACAAUCGGAAAUAAUUUUUUACAGGAAACCAACGAGCUCCGAAAGGCGAAUAAAGUCUGGAGCUCCUUGGAAAUUCGUGUGGUCGAUUCAAGCCCGUUCUCAUCCGGUUUUCGUAACAAGGUCCUGUGAAAACGUUUUAUUUUACUGUCACGAAGGCGAAAUCAUCGAAUUGAGUUCAAACGAGGACGAAAUUUCACCGAAAAUAGAAACUAUCGUGUGUCAAGGCUCGGAGUACAAGAUUCUCACGCCUCUUAAUCCGCGAGGGGAGCAUAUCGUCGCGAUCGACCGAUUCGAUAGACUACACGUUCUCCACUCUCUUGCAGGACAAUUGCUCUCGACUGUGUAUUUAGGAACUUUCGGAUCGGUCAACUGCGCCGCAUCCCAUCCGAAUUCGCCAUUGAUCGCGAUCGGGACCACAACCGGAAAGUUCCUCGUAGUCAAUCUGUCCGAAAUCUCACAACCGACGAUAUGUGAAACGAUCCAUUUGGGGAGAGAAGCGUUAGGAUUGCUGCGUUACUCCUGGUCCACGAGUUUGCUCGGAGUUUUAGAUGUCAAUCGAGCUAACUUGUUCGUGAUCAGCGACGAAAACCAUGAAUAUUCGGUGCUGGGUUUAUUGAACUUUGAAAUAAAAAUAGUAGAUUUAUUGCUGUACGAGAUCGACGACGAAUCUCCAAAAAUAGUGGUCCUCGCUACGACGAACGGAGCUCGGAAUAUCAGUAAAAACAUCGUCAUUUAUUCUCUGGAUACUUUGCAAUUUGAAAAGGUUUGCUUGUGUGUCAUAGAGUUGACACACAUCCUCGAUUCCUUGUCUUACGGUCGUCACAAAAAUGAAAUCAUCGUCGUGCCUUAUCUCACGAAACAAUUACACUUUUUGCAAUUUACGGACGACUUCGAAGAACUGACCUUGACCGAGGCUCUCGCCUCGAACCAUCAACUGAGAAGUAUAAAAAUCGAUUUGAACGACAACUUUGUUCUAACCUGCAGCUACGAUGGCUUGAUCAUUCUGAGAAACAGAAUAAACCCUCAGGAGGUUUUAUCCAUUUUCAUGGCCCAUCAUCGACUGGAGGGUGGCGCUAAAGUUGCGAUCAUGUCCGUAUGCGACAAUAGCGUCGUCUCGUUGGGGAGAAAUGGCGAUCUCGUCGCAACGAAAAUUCGUCAUUUAAAGUGUGUCGAAAAGGUCGCUGAACACAACUGUCCCCUGAAAACUGCGCAGUGGAAAGACAAGCUCGAGGACAAUUUGACGUGGAUCGAAGGGAAAAUAAUGCUCAAUGUCCAAAAAGAACGAGAAGAAUGUGUCGAAGAACGGAAUUCGAUUCUUGCAGAUUUUUCGAAACUACGAGAGCGACUGAAAUCUCUUCUGGACGCGAACGAACGUGAAUCCCCGGACGCUCGAUUAUCAAUAGCUGAUUUCGAUCUGGACCGGGAUCUGAGAGUGCAAAAAAUCCAGGAAAACUCCGAGGCCGGGAAGAAGCUUGUCGAAAAAUUGGAAGGCGAGAUAUUCCAGAGAAACGAAGUGUCGAAAUAUUUGCGCAAGUUGUGCUGGGAUCCCAUGGAAACUCAGGCUUGUAGUUUACUGUCGAUAGAUAAGAAAACGAAAGUCGACAAUUUCGCGAUCCCGCGAUUAACGCUAGAUGAGAAAAAUCGACAAAAGUGGAAGAAUUUCAUGGUUCACUUCGGUGGUUUCAACAGCGACGAGAGUGCCAGAAAAAAUCCGACGUCCGAGCAGAUUUCCAUUGUGGGAACAACGACCGACAGAUUUUUACCUGAAACAUGCAACCAGUCGAUAAAUCAGAUAAGAAAAUGUCCCAGCUUCUUCGAGGGUAUGAUGGCGAGCAUAAGUAUCAGGCAUAGAGAAAGGCAGCUCAAAAUUCACUUCAACAAAUUAUUCGAAGAAAUGCAAUCGGUCAAAAACCACGAGCUAACAGUCGCAGCUUGCCGUCUCCAAGAAAUCGAACAUUGUGCGACGGAGUUGAAAAAUAUGUUUGGAAUAAAUCCGUCCAGGGAUCCGAGACUCUCGCAACCACUGUGGCAUUAUAGUGAAAAACCAGAAACCAUAAUGACUAUUACGGAUGAGGAGAUAUCGAAAGGAGAAGCUGCGACUUAUCUGGAACGCGAUAAUCGUCUGGAAAUGAUGAAGAAACAGCAAGAAGAUAAUUUGAAAUUGAAUGACGCCUUUCGAGAAGAAGCUCUGGAGACGAUGAUGGACGGUUUACUGGAAGUGAGGUGGGAGGACGAGAUAAAAAAAGACCCACCAAAACCUUCGUGCUUAUCGUCGAAAGAUCCUUGGAACUACACCGAAGAAGAAAUAGCGGAGAUGAAGAUGUACCACACAAAGUGUGAGGAGCUCAGAGAAAAUAGGGAAAAAUACAAGAAAAUACUGCAGACUAAAAUCGUCGAUGUUGAAAGUGCGUUGCGCCAGGAUUUUGAGGAUUUCGAUCGUAAACUCGAGGCUUUUCGACUCCACCGGAUGAAAAUCGAGUCAGCCAUUUUGCAAGAGACUCUCACACGCCUGCGAGAGUCCCAAAGACAUUCGCUCAGGCGAAGGGGAAUCGAAACUUUGCAUUUCGCUCACGAAGAACUGUCAACAGCCACCAAAGAAUUGAAAAAUAUGACCGCUACUUUGAUGACCUUGGAAAACGUCGUGACUGAGACCAGGAAUCGGUACGAAAAUUUGUUAAAACGGGACAAAACCCUCGACGCUAAAUUUCGCGGCGACUUUCCGGAUUUGAAGCAACCAAUGGUCGAACAUUUGUUACGACAUUAUCGAAAACGACCGAAAAACGUGCAAUUGACUUGUACCUCGAUAACUUAUCUUACGGAGGUCGGUAAAUGCAUCGUAAAUUGUGAAGAAUCGGAAAUUUUACCUCGAGAUUGUUUAGAUUUUCUUCGAGGCAUGGACAGUCUCGACACAAUGCCAAAUAAUUUGCCCGUUCAGAUCGACACGAGCCACUGGAACGUUUUGUGCAAACUUCGACGAGCAAAAGUCGAAUUGGAAACAAAGCUGAAAAUCUGCGCCGUCGAUUUAGCGGAAGCGGAGCAAACGUUCGGGGCACAUCAAAAAGGGUGCGCCACGAUGGACAGCAGAGUAUCUCAAUUGAAAGAAGCGUUGCAAGAGCAAGAGAAGAAAAAUCAAGAAAUCCUCGAGGACAUGGAGAUUCAGCUGGUUUUAAAAAUGGGUCAAGUCGAGUGCAAAUUAUCUGGCGACCCACGUGAAUUACGCAACGCUGUUCUCGUGCCAUUUUCUAUUCUCGAGAACGCGAAUACUGCGAUUAUUCAAGCUGGAAGAAAAAAGCUCGCUGCGAUGAAACAAACCGUUGAAUUUCGCCGAUCGAUUAUUUGGCAAGAAUGGCGCCACAAAUGCAUGCAAAUAACACUUCGUGAUAUGAGAGAAGAACUCAAAGUAUUGCAAGGCGUCAAAGUUACGAAAGAGAUACAAGAUUACUUGAAAGCGCGCGAUAUUAAUACUGAAAAAACAAUGAAAACCUCGGAUCGCGUGCUCGAAUCCACGAAAAAGAGAUUCAACAGGAUUCUGGAGGAAAGGAGAAAACAAUUUGAAGAUAGCGUUCGAAAAAUAGCACUCUGGAAGGAGAAAAAUAAAAGGAGCUUAGAUGCCUUGGAGAAGACUAAAUUGGCGAGUUUUAAAAUCUCUAUGGCCGUUCACAACGAGCACCGUGAAAGGGAGACUAAACAUCGAAGAACCAAAUUGAAAAUGAUAAUGAAGAGAACAAGACUGAACAAAAAAGUGCAAGAAAAUUACAACGAACUCUUGGCGCUGCAGGCUCAGCUCGAACUCUUGAGACUCAAAACUUAUCCGACACUGAGAUUAAAAGGGCUGCCCCGAGAGAAAGGAAUGAUGAAAAAAUCCGCCUGAAAAAGUCUUUCAACAGCUGUCUAUUGAAGUUUUGAAAAAUAUCGAUGAAUUGUAAGAGAGAAGGGAAGAAUAAAAAAUGGCAAUCCUGAAAA